AACUGAACUACCCCUUUCUCUAUCAACUUUCUCUCUCUACCCAAACACUGACUUAAGCAUCGGAGAGUAUCCGAGGCCCCCGCCUCCGGAUCCCUUUUUUGCAGAUAAGGAGCACGCUUGCGUCAGAAGAAAGGCGAAGGUCCCUACAGAGCAGCCUCAAUCACGCCUCAGAACAUUCCAGGCUUAAACAAUUUGGCGCCCACCGUGGGGCCGUUUCUGAAGGGAUCACAAUACUUUCCUCUCGAUGGCAGGGAACUCCACCACUCCCAUGAAAGAAGUCGUAGAAUCACGCACGCUUCGAGGCCUCUCCCCAGAAGUUGAAGAAACAGUGGAGCUCGAGGAUCAAGUCAAGGACCACGGGAAGCAGAUAUCGGAGAUGCAGAGCAACAUAAGCCAGAUCCUUACUUUGAUUAAAGAAGGGAUGAGAGAACAAGACAAUCCUCCGGAGGUGUCAGGAGUGCAAAGGGAUAAGGGAAAAAAGAAAGUAGUCGUAAUCAACGAGCCAGAAGAGGAGGCCGAAGACGAGGAGCUUGAGGCUGACCUCAGCUUCCUAGAAGAGCAUCUGCAGUCCAGCUUCGGGAAGUCUAGCACGAAAGGGAAGGGGCCAAGUGUCCUACACAACGCGCUGGCCAAAAGGUUGUUCAAAAACCCGAUGCCCCCCAACUUCUCGUCGCUGGGCCUCUCAACCUACGACGGAAGCACAGACCCGGGGGACCAUCUAAGUGCGUUCACACUAAAAAUGCAGCUAAUCAAUGCCACGGAUGCGGACAUGUGCAAAGCAUUCCCGAUAACGUUUGGAGGAAGGUGCCGCUCCUGGUACACCUCGCUGCCAGAAGGAAUCAUCGAUAACUUCGAACAGUUUGCCACGUUGUUUUCGUCUAAAUUCGCAUCCCAGAUCCGCCGCAGGCUAACAGUCUCAGCCCUGAUCAAUUGCACACAAGGAGAAGGGGAGGCGUUGGUGGACUUUUAUGACAGAUGGAACACCAUCUCAUGCGAAGUCCAGGGCAUCACGCCCAAUGUAGCUGCGGGCAACCUAAGGAUGUCGACGCAAAGCCAGGAGCUCCAAAGGGACCUAAUCAAGCGAGAAUAAGAGCUGAAUACGUGGCCCGACUUGGACAAUCUAGUCCGACGCGCAAUAAUUAUGGAAGAGGCACUAAAUCCACCGACGCGGGCGACGUUGACCGGCAACCAGGAAAGAAACCGAGGAAAGGAGAUGAAAAGAGGGAACCAAACCCCGCCAAGGAAAUGGAGAUCACCCGAGCGGUAUGGCUACAAGGCGAAGGGGAGAGGGGGAGAGAACAAAAGGGAAAUUUACGC